AUGCAAGGAUACGGCAAAAAGUACGAUCUUCCGCGCCCUUACUCGAUGACGCCGAAGCGUCACGGCGUUGAUAUGCUCGCACGCAACUAUUUCACCACACCACAGAGAAAGCUACUUGGCUACAUAAUAUUUUUCAUCCUGUUUUCUCUCGUGAUAUUGCAGUGUAUUCCGGAACAGGAACGGGACAAGGACUACGAAUUGGAUCUUGCUGAGGUUCCGGAAAUGAAACUCGUGAAGGAUAAUGAUGUCGUCAAGAAAGGCAGCGCCAAAAGACCGUUGGACGACGACUACAGCGCGGACUACGACGAGCUGCUGAACGAGCUCGAGGCGAAAAAAGCAAGUUCCAAAAACCCGAAAAACAGAGCCGCAAACGACAGAGAGGUGCUGGACGAACUGACGGAGGAUGACCUCAUCGACAACAGCGUGACAGUGUAA